CAGACGUCAAAAAACCGUCAAUUUUGGCGGUUCAUCGCAUUACGAGCACGCACGUUGUUAAUGUUUUUAUCAUUUUCUGGUCGAAAUAUCAAACUAAUCUAGACAAUGGCAGAAAAACUAGAAGACCUGAACCUUCCGCUAACUGUCGUCACGCGAAUAGUGAAGGAAGCAUUGCCAGAAGGAGUAUCAAUUUCAAAAGAGGCCCGAACAGGUCUCGCUAAAGCUGCAUCAGUUUUCGUUCUAUACGUGACUUCAGCGGCGACAAACAUAGUUGAAAAGAAGAAGAAGAAGGCCCUAACUGGUCAGAUAGUGCUGGACGCUAUGAAAGACAUAGAAUUCGACAGGUUUAUAGAACCAUUGACGGAGUCUUUGGAGCAGUAUAAACAAAUGAUGUCGGCGCGAAAGUCUGGAGGGAAAAAGAAAGAUGAGGAGGAGCCGGAAGUUAUUGAGGACGAUUGAUGCGUUUACGUCUGUGACUAAAUAUAAGCUAGUAACCUACUUUACUUCAGUACAAAACGCAAUUCCUAGGUGGGUGGAAUUGCUUCUGCGACCAUAAACAUAGUAGAGACCCACAGUGCCUACAGUUCUUGGAAUACUUCAUACAACUCAGUGCAGAGCGGUCUAUGUCUUAGAUGCCUUAAGUCAUGCAUCUGUUUCAGUCAAACUUUAGACAAAUAAUCCUAUAAUAGUUUCAGACUUGCGUUCAUGCCUGUAAAUCGUUUUUUGACGUAUUUAAGCCCACUUAUACAUGUAAUGAUUCUAUUUUGUCAUGCUGCUGUGUUUGUAUAAUGAUCUAAGACUUUCACUCUUCGAAAAUCAUAACUUAUUUUGUAAGAUAAGUAGUUAUAAGUUUUUAUGUGAUGAAAUACAUGAUUCCCGUUUUUUAA